CCGGUCAUGAAAUCAGGUGCCAAAUUGACCGCUUGUUUGUCUUCAUUUUCUCAUGCCAAAUGCACACACUCACACACUCUCUCUUCAUGAAUUAAAUUUCCUCCCCUAGUUUGAUGUCCCCUCCAUCCCGCAAAAAGUCUUUACGCUUGAGGCUGUACCAAUGGCUCUGGCGACUUCGGAAUCUCAGCACACCCUUGCGGCUCCGAGGCAGCCUGGUCCGACUACGCCGAUUCCAUGAAAGCCCCCUUCUCGCUCUAAUACGCCUAUUGAUUCCAUUUCCAAGCUGGAAAUUUCCCGUUCCAGACCCGGUUGCGCCCAUUGAUAUUCUCGGCAAUGUGGAAUUGGAAGAAAAUAAGCUAGAAAACUUGGACGACCUCCGGAGUAUCCCACUCUGGCGCGCGCGAGACACCCCCAUACGAUCCCUCUACCGAAUGUAUGAGGCAAUGGUAUCCGGUAUGUACGAGGCGCUCGGUCCCGAAACGGAAUACUUUUGGUAUCAGCGGAACUGGUCGUUGCAGGGUAUUCGCGACCCACGGGAUACCGAUCCGGUGCGAUAUGCCAUUCUAGCGUGUCUGGUGGAAGAACUCGUGGUUGCAUUCAACUGGCGGUUGAGUUUAGGUCUACGUCGGGACCGCAACCAUAUUAUGCGAGAAACAGGAAAGGAUUCUUUCCCUCCGUAUGCGCCCCUCUCGGGUCCGAUUUGGACGAGCUCGGUACCGGCACUUUCCCCCGAAGACCUCGAUCGGUUUCCACCCGAAUAUAUUUCCGACGAUAGCAAGCUUGUGCUAGAGGCAGAUGGAGUGAACAAAGUCUUUGCUCGCCGAAAUAUCGUCACGAAUGUUGGCUGGCUUUACACCAUCUGAAUCAGCCGCCCCCAAACCUACACGCACAUAUUAGGACUGGUCAUAUAGAUUCUGUGGGCGACUUACCGUAUGAGCCCCCCAUGAU